AUGCCGGCGAUCGCGGUGCUGGCGGCGGCGGCCGCGGCGUGGUGCUUCCUCCAGGGCGAGAGCCGGCACCUGGACGCGCUCGCCGGAGGCGCGGGCCCCAACAACGGCAAUUUCCUAGACAAUGACCAGUGGCUGAGCACCGUCUCCCAGUACGACCGGGACAAGUACUGGAACCGCUUUCGAGACGAUGAUUAUUUCAGAAACUGGAAUCCCAACAAGCCUUUUGACCAAGCCCUGGACCCAUCGAAAGACCCCUGCCUGAAGGUGAAGUGCAGCCCUCACAAAGUGUGUGUGACCCAGGACUACCAGACUGCCCUGUGUGUCAGCCGCAAACACCUUCUCCCCAGGCAAAAGAAGGGAAACGUGGCCCACAAACACUGGGUUGGACCUUCGAAUUUGGUGAAGUGCAAGCCCUGCCCCGCCGCACAGUCAGCCAUGGUCUGCGGCUCUGAUGGCCACACCUACACUUCCAAGUGCAAGUUGGAGUUCCAUGCUUGUUCCACUGGCAAGAGCCUCACCAUCCUCUGUGAUGGGCCCUGUCCGUGUCUCCCGGAGCCUGAGCCACCUAGACACAAGACAGAAAAGAACGCCUGCACAGACAAGGAGUUGAGGAACCUUGCUUCCCGGCUGAAAGACUGGUUCGGAGCCCUUCAUGAGGACGCCAACCGGGUCAUCAAGCCCACCAGCUCUGACGCAGCCCAAGGCAGAUUUGACACCAGCAUCCUGCCCAUCUGCAAGGACUCUCUGGGCUGGAUGUUUAACAAGUUAGAUAUGAACUAUGACCUCCUUCUUGACCACUCAGAGAUCAAUGCCAUCUACCUGGAUAAGUAUGAGCCCUGUAUCAAACCUCUCUUCAACUCCUGUGACUCAUUCAAGGAUGGCAAGCUCUCCAACAAUGAGUGGUGCUACUGUUUCCAGAAGCCUGGAGGUCUCCCUUGCCAGAAUGAAAUGAACAGGAUUCAGAAGCUGAGCAAGGGGAAGAGCCUGUUGGGAGCAUUCAUACCUCGGUGUAAUGAGGAGGGAUAUUACAAAGCCACGCAGUGCCACGGGAGCACAGGGCAGUGCUGGUGUGUGGAUAAAUACGGAAACGAGCUGGCUGGCUCCAGGAAACAGGGCACCGUGAGCUGUGAAGAGGAGCAGGAAACUUCAGGGGAUUUUGGCAGUGGUGGCUCUGUGGUCCUCCUAGAUGACCUGGAGGAUGAACGGGAGCUGGGACCAAAGGACAGAUUGGGCAAGCUGAGGGUGCACACCCGGGCAGUGACAGAGGAUGAUGAGGACGAGGAUGACGACAAAGAGGACGAGGUCGGGUACAUAUGGUAGUCCCCACCGGGAAGAGGACACGAGGUGCACACAGAAUUGCAAGUCACUUCCUACUCCUGCGUUUGUAUCUAAUAAGACUCCACAGCACCAAG